UUUGCUUUAUUGCCCCUCGUUAAUAUUAUCAUGAAGGAGACGACGUCCAGAUUAGACCCCAGUAGAGUAAUGCAUUUCAGUUGCAGAGAUGUAUUUUUCAUGAACAGCAGUGAUGAAUGUGUUUCCAGGCGGGCUAAUAUAUAUUUCAGUGACGAAUCCAUAGAAAACAGAUUGCAAAAUCUUCAAGCUGGAAGUAUUCAUCAAUUAUUUGUCUUAGAAAUAUGAGCAGCUAGACCAAAGAUAGAAUGAUGGAAACCCGCAUGUUAAUAAUUAGGGUAUUGCGCUCCCUCGGAUACAUUUUCCUCCUUAAUAAGACGCUUCUAUGUUAAGUGACUUCUUUUUUGUUUGUUUCGGCUUUUUCGCAGUAAGAUUUGUAUGAUUUCCUUUUGUGCAUCUUCACACUUGAUCCUGCCAAGUUAUAUGAGCAAUAUUUGAUCACUUGUUUAUGCAUUAUGUUAUUUUAUUGGAUGUUUUUGGUACUUGAAUAAGUAUUAUUUAUUAUUGUAUGUCUGUAACCAUUUAAUAUUUCCAUUUUUGUACCUGCAUUUCGGAUUUGCUGUGUGCAGAGCUCUUUUGUUGUCUCCCCUGGCAGACUGGGAUAAAGGUGACCGGUUGUGGGUCGUCCUCUGUACCUUUAAGGGGACUGCCUUUUCAUCCAGCAGACUCUGUGUGAUAUGAACUACCAUCACUUUACGGGAACCUUUAUUCCCACAGUGCAGCAGACGACGACUGAGCAAGCAGUCUUUGCCACCUCUGCAGUGUCCGAUCACUUUUAGAGAACAAAGGACAACAGCUAAAGUUUGAUUUAUGAAUACACGUCUGUAGUUUAAACUUUUUCAGCCGUUAUUUAGAGAUGUGUUUUUCUGCUGUUCUUGUGUUUUUGGGGAUUCUUUUCUGCGCUCUGUGCCGCUGCUUGGAGUGUCCUUUUGGCUGCGAGUGUUUCGCUGUGAUCCGCACGGUAAAAUGUGUUUCUAAAGAUCUGCUCACAGCACCAGAAAAUAUUCCAGGAUAUGCCAGGACCGUCAUUAUCACAGGGAAUAAUAUACACCAAAUUGGACCCAGUUCGUUUACGAAGCUGGCGAACGUCACUAACAUCAUUUUAACCAAUAACAGGUUAACAGAGAUGGCGUCCCACACCUUCUCCUCCCUGGUCAACCUGCGCUUCCUGGACCUCAGUGGAAACCAGCUGGCACUCAUCCAUCCAGAGGCUCUCAGCAUACCUGGUAGUCCCCUUCAGGAGCUCAACCUGAGCCAGUCACUCUACAACUUUACUGCCCUUACAGACCUGACCACAGCUCUGCGCUGGGGGGGCCUCGCGGGGCUCCUCCGCCUCGACCUCUCGGGGAACAAGCUUGCGCUGCUUCCCCCGGGCAUGUUCUCUCACCUUCCCAAUCUGCAGCAGCUUUUCCUCACCAACAACUCUUUGGUGGCAGUCUACAGUGGGACCUUCUCUGGCAUGAAUUACCUGGAGACGCUCGACCUGACGCACAACACCUUCAGCACAUUCGGAACCGAUGCUCUGCUGGAGUUGGACAAGCUCGGGGACAUCAGAAUCCUGCUCGGUAACAACCCCUACACCUGCUCCUGCGAGAUCAAUGAGUUCGUCGCGUGGCUGAAUAAAUCGAGAGCUAAGGUUGAUGUGGAUGCUGUGAGAUGUGCCUCACCUGGCGCGUUAACUGACGCCCGCCUAAGAGGGCUCAGCAUCCAGGAUAUCGGGUGUGUUGUUCCAGUCCUGGCAGAGGUCACUGAUCUCACCCUGCAGACCUCUUAUGUCUUCCUGGGACUGGUUCUGGGGCUUGUUGGCAUGGUUUUUCUCUUUGUGCUCUACCUGAAUCGCAAAGGUAUGAAGAAGUGGAUCAAUGAAAUGAGAGACGCUUGUCGGGAUGUCCUGGAGGGCUAUCACUACCGGUACGAGAUUGACUCGGACCCUCGGCUGGGGCACAUUUCUGCAGACAGCAGAAGGGCACAAAGGCAGUUAGGAAUAUCUCUGUCCCAGCAGCUGCCAAGUGACACCUCUGUUGCCCCCACAAAAACACAAGUCAAACAGCUGACAACCUCCCCACCUCAAAACUUAUGAUAAACUAACUGAUGCUUUGACAUAUUAUGGUGUAGCUGUAAAUAGUUUUAGGAGGAAAUUUACAAUUUUGUCUCGAACAUUCUGUA